GCUGAAAAGCCCAGUGAACAAGACAGCCCUGAUGCUAAUUGCCGUAAGCUCGUGCAUCCUGGCCAUGGUGUGUGGCAGUCAGAUGUCCUGUCCGCUCACUGUGAAGGUGACUCUGCACGUGCCUGAGCACUUCAUUGCAGACGGGAGCAGCUUUGUGGUGAGUGAAGGAAGCUACCUGGACAUCUCUGACUGGUUAAACCCGGCCAAGCUGUCCCUGUAUUACCAGAUCAACGCCACCUCCCCGUGGGUGAGGGACCUCUGUGGACAGAGGACAACAGAUGCCUGUGAGCAGCUCUGUGACCCAGAAACUGGAGAGUGCAGCUGUCAUGAAGGCUAUGCCCCUGACCCAGUUCACAGACACCUGUGUGUGCGCAGUGACUGGGGACAGAGCGAAGGACCUUGGCCUUACACUACCCUUGAGAGGGGCUAUGACCUGGUGACGGGGGAGCAGGCCCCUGAAAAGAUUCUCAGGUCUACUUUCAGCUUGGGCCAAGGCCUCUGGCUUCCUGUCAGCAAAAGCUUCGUGGUUCCGCCCGUGGAGCUGUCCAUCAACCCCCUGGCCAGCUGCAAGACAGACGUCCUCGUCACGGAAGACCCUGCAGAUGUCAGGGAAGAAGCGAUGCUGUCCACAUACUUUGAAACCAUCAAUGACCUGCUGUCCUCCUUUGGGCCAGUCCGCGACUGCUCUCGGAACAAUGGGGGCUGCACGAGAAACUUCAAGUGUGUGUCUGACCGCCAGGUGGACUCCUCGGGAUGUGUGGGGAGCCUGCCCCUGCCUCAAAGGCAUGUCAAGGGCCCUUCUGCUGUCAGGAUUGGUUGUGUGGAGGAGUACAAGCUGGCUCCGGAUGGAAAAUCCUGCCUCAUGCUCUCAGACGUCUGCGAGGGCCCCAAGUGCCUCAAACCCGAAUCCAAAUUCAACGACACCCUCUUUGGAGAGAUGCUACAUGGGUACAACAACCAGACGCAGCACGUGAACCAAGGCCAGGUCUUCCAGAUGACCUUUAGGGAGAACAACUUCAUCAAGGACUUUCCUCAGCUGGCCGACGGGCUGUUGGUGAUCCCACUGCCGGUGGAGGAGCAGUGCCGGGGGGUCCUCUCCGAGCCCCUCCCGGACCUCCAGCUGCUCACUGGUAAGACGCACAUGCUGGACCGCUCUCCAGCCUGCCUGGCCACACGCCUGGUCUCUGGGAGUAGAAUAUCGUCUCAGAUGAUAGCUGUAAAUCUUGAUGCAAUGAUCCCAACAGUCCAAGACCAGCAGCUGCCCCUUAGGAGUGAGGGCGAUGCCCACUGGACAGGUAAGCCCCUCUCGAAUGAGGACACUGUAGCCCCCACCCUUAGGGAAGUGGAGAAUUUCCUUGCGACUGCUAUCAGCCACGAUGAGAUCACCACGGGCGUCCACACACAUGCCAGCGAUGCAGCGGAAGUCCUCGUUCUCGGAGAAGAAGUGGCUAAUCUGGCGACCCAGCUGCCCAUCAGGGCCCACAGAGCCAAUGGAGAAGCCCCCCUCCAGGUGGUGCUCAUUCUGCCGAUUCUCCAGAUUAAGGCCCAAGCCCUGGGUGAAGUAGACAGUGCCCUCAGCAUCACAGGUGACAAACUUGGGCCGCACGGCACUACAGAGGCAGCUGUAUUUGACCACCCCUGCCCCUCGGUCAACGGUGAAGCACCAGAGCUUCCCGCCUUCCACAUCAGUCACCACGAACUGGCCAGAUGGAAGGGCUGUGAUGCCCCAGGGUUUGCUCAGCUGGCUCCUGUGACAGGCCACGCAGUGGCCAUCCAAGGUGUAUACCUUGAGGGAGUUGUCAUAGCUAAAGCCUUUGCGCGUGAAGACUUGUAUACGGUAGUUGCCACGGUCAGCAACCAGGACCUCGCCUUGACUGGUCACACAGAGACUAACAGGAAGGUUGAACAUGCCUGGCGUGCUGCCCUUGGCCCCCAUCUUCUUAAGAAAGAGACACUGCUGGAUGUUGGCAGCCAUGUCAGAGCCCCGCAGCUUAGCCGGAGAGGCCUUAGGGCUGGCGACCACUCCCUCAGGGCUCAGGUCCAUCUCUCUAAAAGUAACAGAGGUAGAGGCAGCCGAGGCUGCAGCCUCCACAUCCCAGGAAUCUUCCAUGUUGACCGUCCGGGGCUUCUUGACAGCCUGCCCAAUUUGGAGGGGACCGACAUGGCCGACCUUAAGGAGCUCCACGUCCUCUGUCUCCUCCAGCAGGGCUACAUCUGCCUGCUUGAUCUUGGCCAGGAAGUAGUCACAGCGAGACACGGCCUGCACCUCCGCAAUGUUAAGCAGGUAGCUCUGCUCCUCUAUCACCUGACCAUUGGACUUCUCAACCUCCGCCAACGAGCCUGUGAAGAACCUCCGCGAGCGAGCCAGCUCCUCCUGGACCCGGCGCUCCUCGUGCCCGUACUCCUGGAGAACUGCCUUAUACCUUGCCUGGAGGUCCUUGGACACGCCUUCCAAGGCCACCUUCCGCCGCUGCAGCUCCCCCGUAAGCUCCCGCAGGCGGGCCAACUUCUCUCCGAAGUCCUGACGCCGCUCCUCAGCCGCCUCUUUGACGAGGAGGGUGCAGUGGCCAGGGGGCUGGUGGUCCGCCUCCCGCAGCUUCUCCAGGCACUGGCGACAGAUGGUAUGGCCACAGUGCAGGAGCUUGGGCCGCAGCUGCUCCUCUGUGAAGGACUCCAUGCAGAUGGGGCAUUCCAGCACUUCCCGGAGGGCAUCCAGGUUCAGCCUGCUCCUCACAGCCCCACCCCCACCCCGUACUGCCCCUCAGAUCCAGUCCCCAGACCCCGCCAUUCGGGCGUGGGCCGGCCGCUGCACGCCAUCACAGCCCCCGUCCCGCCGCUCAGCCACGGCCUGCGACUGCGGCCGCAGACCCUCAUCCCCGACCCUCCUUCCCGCCCCUUACCUGACCGCCCGCGGCUCCGACGCGUCCGCCGUCCGCCAGCCCACCCGCCCGCCUCUCUCUGCGCACACGUCGCAGCGCGCCCCUGGCGACCGCCAAUUCGCAAGACCGCCUGUCCGUCACUGCGCCCCGCCCCCGAGGCAUGCUGGGGCUUGGAGUCCCGCGAGCGCGGCGCUCGUGGCCCAGCGGCCCGGAAGGAGCGAGCACUUACCAGAGAACUGCGGGCAUUAGGAGCACAGACCACAGAGCUGGGCAGCAAGAAGGAACUCAAGUCCAUGCCCUUCAUCACCUACCUCUCAGGUCUGCUGACAGCCCAGAUGCUGUCGGAUGACCAGCUCAUCUCAGGUGUGGAGAUCCGCUGUGAAGAGAAAGGCCGCUGUCCCUCUACCUGCCACCUUUGCCGCCGGCCAGGCAAGGAGCAGCUGAGCCCCACACCAGUGCUGCUGGAAAUCAACCGUGUGGUACCACUUUACACCCUCAUCCAAGACAAUGGCACCAAAGAGGCCUUCAAGAGCGCUCUGAUGAGCUCCUACUGGUGCUCAGGGAAAGGGGACGUGAUCGAUGACUGGUGCAGGUGUGACCUCAACGCCUUUGAUGCCAGUGGGCUCCCCAACUGCAGCCCCCUCCCACAGCCAGUGCUGCGGCUGUCCCCGACAGUGGAACCUUCUAGCACUGUGGUCUCCUUGGAGUGGGUGGAUGUUCAGCCGGCUAUUGGCACCAAGGUCUCUGACUAUAUUCUGCAGCACAAGAAAGUGGAUGAAUACACAGAUACAGACCUCUACACAGGAGAAUUCCUGAGCUUUGCUGAUGACUUACUCUCUGGCCUGGGCACAUCUUGUGUAGCAGCUGGUCGAAGCCAUGGAGAGGUUCCAGAAGUCAGUAUCUACUCCGUCAUCUUCAAGUGUCUGGAGCCCGACGGCCUCUACAAGUUCACUCUGUAUGCUGUGGAUACACGAGGGAGGCACUCGGAGCUCAGCACGGUGACCCUGAGGACGGCCUGCCCACUGGUGGAUGACAACAAGGCCGAAGAGAUAGCUGACAAGAUCUACAAUCUGUACAAUGGGUACACAAGUGGAAAGGAGCAGCAGACCGCCUACAACACGCUGAUGGAGGUCUCAGCCUCAAUGCUGUUCCGAGUCCAGCAUCACUACAACUCUCACUAUGAGAAGUUUGGCGACUUUGUCUGGAGGAGUGAGGAUGAACUGGGGCCCAGGAAGGCCCACCUGAUCCUACGACGCCUAGAGAGGGUGAGCAGCCACUGCUCCGGCCUCCUGCGCAGCGCCCACAUCCAGAGCCGUGUGGACACCGUGCCCUACCUUUUCUGUCGCAGUGAGGAAGUCCGGCCUGCGGGUAUGGUGUGGUACAGCAUCCUUAAGGACACCAAAAUCACAUGCGAGGAGAAGAUGGUGUCCAUGGCCCGAAACACGUAUGGGGAGUCCAAGGGCCGGUGAGGGAGGGCGCCGCCCUCCGUGAGCACAGAGACUCUCCGUGGGAGGGGGAGCAGUACUCACGUGGAUGCUGGGGCCUGGGUGGGCUGGGGGUCAGCCGAGGAGGGGCCCGGCAGAUGAGGCUUGCCAGCGAGCCAAAGCAAACUCUUUUCUCUUGUGGAUAGCCAACAGAGAACUUUGUAACCACUGGAAUUGUCCAUUUUUCUCUAUCUUUUAUUUUUUCUAAGAUAUUAUUUGACGCUAGCAAAGUGUCCCCUUUUUAAACUUUUUCUUAUGGAUGGCGGUCAGUCCCGAGGCAGGACCUAUCAGGUGGAGAUCAAGCGGCCUUUGUUCUUCUUCCUUCCGCCUGUCACACGCAGCUUCCUUCUGCCAUGGACCCCUGGAGGAACCCUCUGAAGGGACAACUGGACCCCCUCAGCGUCAGGAAGGAGGCCCCGAGGAUCGUCGCAGUGAGGAAGCUUGGGUCUUUAUGACUUUUUUUUCAGACAUUACUGAGUUUGCAGGAGCCCUGCCUCUUCCUGCUACCUGUGGGUCUGCCCAGAGUCCCUGCAGGGCUUUCCAUGCAUUAAAAAUUCCUAUUGUCUCUC